GUGUACACGUAUUUUCGUUUCCAUUGAACGAAAACUGUCGUAAAAGAUGGCUCAAUGCAAUUCCUCGUAGUGUCUUAGUGGUUACAAAAUACACCCGAGUAUGUAAUUUGCACUUUGCUGAGGACAACAUCAUUUGGGAAUCCACCUUCCAUGACGAAAAGACAGGACAUAUCAAGCAGAAGAAGCCGAGAUGAGAAAUUGAGGGACAAGGAACAAGAACAACUACUUAAAGCACUGCAAACUACCAUUGAUGAUUAUUCCUUCUAUCAAAAAUCAACUUGUUUUCAAAAUUAUUCAGACUUUCUCACAGUUUUCAGUUCAUGGCAAUGUCCAUAUGGGUGGCAUAAAAUUGUUCAGGAUAAAGUUACUUUGUUUAAGUUAGAAUAUAAACCAGCACCCAUCAUAACUCACUCUGUAAUUGUUGCUAAAGAUCUCAAUGUAAAAACGUAUAUGUACUCCCAAGAAUUGUUACUCAACUCCAUUUUUAUUAUCUAA